CAGCCACCCCUCGCUGUCAGUGACGUUCCCUGAAGGCGUUUUGAGCCUCCGCAUUUCCUGACAUGGGCUUUUUUGUCAUAUACGCUCCGUGUCUUUCUUGGCUGCUUGCAGGUUUCACUGGAAACACCAGCCUCAGUGAUGCCAAUCUGAUGUGGUAAAGAAAAGCAAGACAAGGAGGAACACAAGGAUGAGGUUGGAGCAGUCCUUGCCUCUUCUGGGACUCCUGCUGUGUGUGGUUGGCACUGCAGCUCUGGAUGCUCUCAAUGCAGAAUUCCAGGUGGAGAUUUCCGGAACCACAGUGACAAUCACAUGUCCCUUGAGUGAAGGUGACAUAAGCUGGAAGACAACUGGGACAACCCCAACCCCCAAAGAGAGGACUUAUGUUAUAAAGGAUCACGACAGCUUUCCUCUCAACGUGAGUUGUUCGGCAAAUGGUGUGGAGUACGACAUGUACCUGAAUGCCAGAGUGUGCGCGAACUGUGAGGAGCUGGAUACCUUGGCGGUGAUAGGGAUCGUCACUGCGGAUCUUCUCAUCACGUUUGGGGUACUGAUUCUGGUCUAUUACUUCAGCAAAGACAGGAAGGGGAGAGCGAGCCCUAGUGCUGGCAGUCGGCCACGAGGUCAGAAAAUGCAGCGUCCUCCCCCUGUUCCAAACCCGGACUAUGAGCCCAUCCGGAAAGGCCAGCGGGAAGUGUAUGCAGGCCUGGAAUCCAGGGGCUUCUGAAAUUCCCACGGAUGACAGGCUGGAAAACAGCAGCAAGCCCUCUUCCCCAGCUUGGUACCGGUUCUCUGCAGGCCUGCUGAGGCCCAGGCAUUUUGGGGUAAGCCAGACGGCUGCACAGGACAGGCACCCUGCUGCGAUCCGCUGUCCCACCCUGGUGUGUUCCUUCAGCCUUCGGUUUGACAUUAGGGAAAAAAAUCAAAUGAGCAUAUUGGCAAGAGAAGUUUUCCUUCUCAUUAAAGGACU